AUGGUGCUGGAGAAGAAUGACGGGAUAAACAAAGACAUGGUUCUUCCACCAAUUCAACAGAACAGACCUGCUCUGUCAUGGGAAUUAAAGAUCAAGAAAAAGCUGAAGAUUUCGCUUCCCUGUCUGGGAAAGUUCAGACCACUUGUGGGCCAGUGCUGCCACCAGUGCACUCCAGACAGCCUGCGUAAGAAUCUCGGACAAAGCUCUUCCCUUGGCUUCCACAACCUCCUGAGCGUCAACGAGACGCACACGAGGUAUCGAGGCUGGCUUGUGCGAAGGGUGUGCUUUGUGCUGUUUGUGAAUGGGUGCAAGGUUUACCCGAGUCCUGUUAGCGGCAGACUGGAGAGAGUCUGUCAGAGCAACAGGGUGAGGGAGGCUCUCACAGCAGAGCAUAAAGCACCUGAGGGGGGAGACAGCCAAGGGCAGCUCAACCGCCUCUCAACAUUCCUUCCCCUUAUUAACACCUGCAUCUCCCCUGGCCUAUUACGAUUCGUCGGCUGGUUGAUGCUGAAGCUGUUCUCUUCCAUGUUUGACAGUAUUCAAAUUAACCUCAACCAUCUGCCGCCUUUGCACAGAGCCUCACAAGAGGGAUCUCUGCUGGUCUAUGUGUACGUGCGUCAGAGCAUCAUGGACGUCGCUCUCAUCCCUCUGGUUCUGCUCUGUCACAACCUGAGAGUCCCAUAUACCAUUUGUCCAGUCCGGAUUAACAACUCCUUCCUACGAUCAAUCCUGCAGAAAGUAGGCGUCAUCCUCCUGCCGCCAUGUGCGCCGACUGAGCAAGAUGCAGAGACGGACGGUCUGUACUCACCUGUCAUGACCUCUCUGGUACGUGAGCUCCUACAGGAGGGCCAGGCGAUAAGUGUUGGUGUGUCAGCAGAGUCUGGCCAAGGUGGCCAGUGGCUGGCUUGCAUCAGACAGCUCAUCAAAGAGGAAUCUUUCCCCGAUGUCAGUCUGGUCCCUGUGGGCAUCUCCUACGACUAUGUGCCUCAGAACGAUGCACAGGUCGGCUUAAGUUCUGUGCUGCGGUUGCUGUGGUCACUUCUCUGGAGGAGACCAGGAGGAAGUGUGAGAAUCCACCUUGCCCAGCCCUUUUCUCUCAAGGAGAUGUGCGAGUCUGGGAGGUGCAGAGUAGAUGAAUGGCUCCCUCUACAGGACCUGUUGCUGCCUGUUAUCCUCAACAACAGAACUGAGAGUGUUUUUGGGCAGAGGAGGAUGUCAUGGCUCCUGCCUCCUCAUUAUGCAUCUGAACAAACUCAUCCGGAGAGAGACCUCAGCAUUGCCAUCAUCCUCCACCUCAUCUUCUCUGCCACCUCCUGCAUGGCCGUGAUGUCCACCACUCUUGUGUCCAGUCUUCUGUUGUACAGGCGCCGCAAGGGUGUGAGUACAUCUGUUCUGUGUCGUGAUGUGGCCUGGCUCACAGAUGAACUCUUGUUCAGGAACAAAGACGUCGGCUUUGGGGGAAGUUUAGCAGAGGUGGUCCACCAUUCACUCUCUUUGCUCGCCCCUUGCCUCAUCAUUGCUACAGCGCCAUCCAGGAAAGACCCUAUUAUUGUGCCACGUCCUUCUUUUGCUGCCACACUUCACCUUUCUCUCCAGGCCCAGAUUGUCACACAUACCUUUAUAUUGGAAGCUGUUGCUGCGUGUGCUGUGUCAGCCAUGCUGUGUGAGGUGGCCUGCAGUGGCGUUAGCAGCAGGGUGAGGAGUGACGGCGUGGAGGGAGAGGAGGUCAAAGGUGAUAUGGAGUUUGAUGUGGUCCUCUGUCAGUCCGAGCUCACUGAGAGAACCCUGCAGCUCUGCCAUCUUCUGCCUCCGGGCUUUAUGCCACCCUGUCAGACGUCACGGAGUUUCGCUCUGGAUGCAGUUGACAGUCUGGUGCGCUGUGGCAUCCUGAUCAUGGAAGAAAUUCCCAGGGACAUUCCUAUCUGUGAUUACUGGAAGAGGGAAGGCGCCCUCACCUGGACCACCACCGAUGACCCGUAUCACAGUGACUCUGACUGUGAGGAGCAGGACCUGCGUUCCUACAAGAUAAGCCAACCGAGUCAGUGUCCCGACAUGCUCUUCUUCCUCUGCAGUAUGCUAGCUGGACAUCUGAGGGCACUGUGCUGGACCACUGCAGGCCUGGACCUCCUGCACACACCUCUACCAGAAGCAGAGUUCGUGGCUCAGAUACACUUCCAUCUCUGUGACACAGCAAAUAAGAAGAAGCAGCACUACGAGAGCUGCUCAGAGGAGGCUGCACACACUGCAGUUAGAACACUAAUAGACCUGGGGGUCCUUCUGCAGGAGCGGCAGAAAGGAGUCUUCCUCAGUGUCAGCCCUUUGUUCGGUGUGCCAGAAAACAGGAAGAAGCUGCACGGCUUCAUUUCUCAGUAUUUGUACAAUUAG